CCGCCCUCCCGUCGAACAGUGGCGCUGUGAAUGACAACCAAAACAAGAGAAGAAAAUCUCGGGUGACGUUUGGGGAAUAUAAAAAACAGGAAAUUCAGAAGAAACGCAAAAUUCUACAAGGUCCAUGGUAAUGAUGGCUAGCUUUGAAAGCAAAAAGAGAAGUCUGGAAGAAGACAGUGUUGAAGGAGCUGUUGGUGGAGAGCUGUCCAAUUGUGCUUUGGCAAUGCUGGAACAAGAGCGAGAAUCCCUUCUCAGCCCAUCUGAAGGCUCUGUAACCUUACUAAGCAGCACCUCUAGUAGUCUUCAGACACCCGCCCCUCUCCAGGGCUAUGAUGUAGAGUUUGACCCACCCCUAGAGAGUAAAUAUGAGUGCCCCAUCUGCCUCAUGGCUUUGAGGAAUGCAGUUCAAACUCCAUGUGGUCAUCGCUUUUGCAAGAACUGCAUAGAGAAGUCCAUUCGUGAUACAGGACAAAGAUGCCCAGUGGACAAUGUAAUCUUGUCAGAAGAUCAGCUGUUUCCAGAUAACUUUGCUAAAAGGGAGAUUCUCUCACUAACAGUUUGCUGUCCAAACUCUGGAUGUGUUGAAAAAAUGGAGCUAAGGCAUUUGGAGAAUCAUCUGAUGGUGUGUGAAUUUGCCACAGCCUCUUGCCCACAGUGCCAGCAGUCUGUCAGGAAGAGCAGACUAGAAGAACACACAACUGUAGAGUGUGCUAGAAGACCAGUUUCAUGUCCAGACUGUGUAGCAUGUUUUGUUUAUGAGGAGAAAGAGCUUCAUGAGCAGCAGUGUCCCUUUGCCAAUGUAAAGUGUCAAUACUGUGGGAUGGAGCUCAUCAGAGAUCAGAUGGAAUCUCACUGUGAUACAGAUUGCCCCAAAGCACCCAUAGCCUGUAACUUUAGCACUUUUGGAUGUAAAGAACAGAUGCAGCGUCAUAACUUGGCUCAGCACAUGCAGGAGUUCACACAGAUGCAUAUGUGGUACAUGGCAGAGUUCCUGCGUGGCCUCAGCCUCAAUGGUACCACAUCUAAAUCUCUGAGAGCACAUGGACCUGCUGCUUCUUGUGAUGACCAAGAAGCUGCAGCAACAGAACGUAACUCCAGCGGGGCCCGAAGACCUGUAGGGGGUAACGGCAGCAGCAACUGUGCUCCUUCUCAGCCCAGUGAGGGAAUGCAGCAGCUCAGAGAGAUGGAUGCACGAUUGGUGAAGCAGGACCACCAAAUUCGUGAGCUAACUAUUUAUAAAGAAACACAGGCUGGUCAAUUAGCAGAGCUUAGGCGAAGGGUGGUGGUGCUAGAAGAAACUGUUAAGGAGCUGGAGGCCCAGCAGUGUCGUGGUAUUUUUAUCUGGCGUCUUAAAGGUUUUUCUGCUCUCCUGCGGAACCAAGAAGCAGGACUGCCCGUGGUAGAGCACAGCCCAGGCUUCUACACAGGCUGUCCAGGCUAUAAGCUGUGCUUGCGUUUACAUCUUCAGGCUCCCAACGCCCUUCGCUGCUCCAACUUCAUUUCCCUCUUUGUUCACACAAUGCAAGGAUCUUUUGACGGGCAGUUAACUUGGCCUUUUCAAGGCACCAUCAGGCUUGCCAUCCUAGACCAGGGACCUGAGGGUCAGCAUCACAUGGAGGUGAUGGAAACCAAACCCGAUCUGCAAGCGUUUCAGAAGCCCUCCAUGCAACGCAACCCUAAAGGAUUUGGCUAUGUUACCUUUAUGCACCUACAGCAGCUAAGUCAGAAAACCUUUGUCAAAGACGACACCCUCCUGAUCCGCUGUGACGUUACGCCGCGGUUUGACAGCAUGCCUCAUCGCGAGGCACCUGUGGUCCAGGCAAGAGGCCUCGAAGCCUCAUUUUCAAAAGACUAAUGUCAAACAUGAAUAGAUAAUUAUUACACUGACAGAAAUGUAACUCACAUAUAUCAAUGUUCCUUUACUGCUGUUACUUUUUAUUAGUAGACAAACAAAUAUGAUUUGAGAUUUUGUAUAGUCGAGCAAAAAUGUUUCUUUAUAUUUGUCUAUUUUAUUAUGUCUAUAUAUACACAGUAAUAAUUUACAAUAAUAAAAUAAAAUAAUUUUAACUAUUAUUUCAUAUGCACACACCCCUACCAUACAAUUUGCACAAUUAGAGUUUUUUACUCUGCUCAAGAUCAAUAGCUAAAAAUACUGUGGAGAGAAGAGACUUUCACUAAAUAUUUUCUUUUGUGAACAGCCUAAUUUCUGACUAAUCACUUCAAGUAUACUUGAUUAGCAACUUUCCCCCUAUUUGUCCUAUUCUUUUAAAUGUCUUCUCUAAUGAGCCCUUUUUUUACACUGACAGUUUUGGAUAUCAGCCCUUCUAAGAAAAAAAACUAACAAAGAGAAAUUUGCCCUAGUAACAGUGUUACUCCGUAUUCAUAGAGCGAUGAAUACAGCAACAUUCACAAAGUGCAUUUUAAAUGGAAUUCCCUCAGUUAAUUUGUUGGACCUAUUGAUCCAUUGUUUUUAAACACGUCUGUAGGAUAUAUAUAUAUAUGUAUAAGAAAUGACAGGUUGGUUUCAGGGUGAUGUGACUUCAUCAGUGUAAGAUUUGCUCAACCUGAAAGAUUUUUGUCACAUAUCAUAGCUGACAUGUCUUGUGUGGUGCCUCUCAUAUUAUGUUUGUCUCUCCACAAAUGACCUUCAUAUUUGUGCCUUUACUCUAAAAAUAAAUUCUCAUUUUUUAUUUUGACUGUGA